AUGAAUGGGAACCACCUCGUUCCUGAUCAGAUACUGGACUACAGCAGGGCUAACGGGGUUGAGGUGCUUCUGCUUCAGGAGGUACCGACCUCGGGUAACAGACUUGUAGGAUUCGACUACAGUGCCGUCAGGACGGUUCUCAGCUGUAAGGAAGGUAGUGCAAGGGCAGCCAUAGUUGUUCUAAAUCAGGACAUCGAGGUGGUCGCCUUGCAGGGGCUCAGCGAUAGACACUUCGCCGUGGCUAGCCUUAGGAAAAGGCAUGGUCAGGCGGUCGUUUUCGUGUCGGCUUACUUCAGGUACAGCAUCCAGACACACAUCUUUACGGCUAGGUUAGGUUUAAUCUUGGAUAGUAUCGACCAGGAUGUCGUGAUAGGUGCUGACGUGAACGCGCACUCGCCGCAAUAG